AUGCACGGCGAUUUUAAGCUAGCUUUUGAGCAGCAAAACCUGUGGGACACGUUACAUGAACAUCGCGUGGCGUUGUUUAUUACUUUUAUUGCACUCUUUAUUUUACAUAAACUGCUUUUCGUCUACCAUCAAGAUGAACGGGAGCCGACCCUAAUUAAACCUUCCAUUCCCAUUAUCGGCCAUGCCAUCAAUAUCUACCGUUUUGGCUCUCGCCAUUUUGUGUGGAUCGCGAAGAAAUGCGGGCUUCCCAUCUACUUGAUUCCCGUACCAGGCGGCAAAGUGGCCAUUGUCAAUACCCCAGAGGUUCUCUCGCAUGUGGAUAAGAACCCCGAUGCUAUCGCCUUCGCUCCCAUUGCCGCGCUGGUCAUCAACAAAUUGUCUGGGCUCUCGAAGCAGGGCGCACGGACAGUUCUUGACAAGACCAUGGGUCCCAACAAGCUGGAGGGAUACAUGAAUGCCGUGAUGCUGGAUAUCCACGCCACGCUAGCUCCAGGGCCCAAGCUCGAGCCCAUCCUCCAGCGGGUGGCUUACGACUUGAAUGACUCGAUCAAGAAGCUGCACGGAAAGACCACACGGGUGAAUUUGCUGCACUGGUUCAGACAUGAGUUCGGCAUGAGCUCGACGAAUGGGAUCUAUGGGCCCGAGAAUCCGUUUAAAGACCCCAAGGUUGAAGCCGGCUUCUGGGCUUUCGAUGACAAUAUCUCCGACCUUCUGAUCACCCCCAAGGCAAGCCUGACUUGCCCCACUGGUGACCGUGGUCGCGCCGAUGCAUGGGCUGGCUUUGCGAAAUACUUCACGAACAACGGACAUCUGAAGGGCUCGGAACUCGUCAAAGCCCGACAUCGCCACGCUGCCGAGCGUGGCUUGUCCAACCUCGAUAUCGGCAAACUGGAGGUCACGAUGAUCAUCGGCAUUCUGACCAACACCGUCCCAACCAUCUUCUGGGCCGUGUACUACGUCUACCGGGAUGCCAAAUUGCUGGCGGCGCUGCGCGAUGAGAUCAGCCAGAUUGCGACACCGACAGAGAUCGCUGCCCAGAGGGGUGGCAGCAGUCGUACCUGGACGAUCAAAAAUAUCGACUUAAAGCGUCAAGCGCCGCUCCUGACCGCGACCAUUAACGAGACCUUCCGUCAUCGCACCUGCGGCAUUUCCUCCCGCUUUGUGACGGAAAAUGUCACCCUCAAAAACCAAUAUCUCCUCAAGAAGGGAACGGUCAUGGAACUGCCCAACAAUGUUCUGCACUCCAACCCCAAUUACUGGGGCUCCACUGUCAGCGACUUCAAUCCCGGUCGCUUCCUCGCCGACCCGCGCUCCGCCGAGGCCAAGGCUGCCCGCGGCGCUUUCCGUCCUUUCGGGGGCGGCGCGAGUCUUUGCGCCGGACGACAUCAAGCUAUGAGCCAGAUGUUAGGCGCCUUGGCGCUCUUCAUCAUGAGCAGUGACUGCGUGCCCGUGGAGAAUGGAGGCGACUGGAAGUUCCCGGGCGCGCAUGGGCAUACCAUUGCAGCAGCAGUGGAUUUGCCGAGCAGUGAUCUGUGGUUGGAUGUUAGCCCACGGAAGGGGUACGAGGCCGACUUCUGGGAGUUAGAUCCGGAGGCGAGAGAGUAA